GUUCUCUUCUCAUUGUCCAUAUAACAUGCAUUAAAAGGACCAUAUAUCUCAAAGUCCCCUCAAGCAAUGGCAACCAUUUCACUACCACCGGACACCACCGGAGAUGAACACUCCUCCCAUGACUUAUACUAUUUUGCCAUAUGCAUCACCGCGGUGGCGAUCAUCGUCAUCAGCUGCAACAUCAUCGCUUUUGCUUGUUGUCAUCCUUGUCAGCUUCUACAUAACUUUCGAAGAUUAUGUCAUGGCAGUUGGCUAACUUCUAAUGAACAAACACUGAAUUCUCUUCCUGUAUGUCAAUAUAACAGUAACCAAAAUGACAAUCAGAAGUCAGAAGAAGUAUCUAACCAGGCAGAGUGUCCGGUGUGUUUAUCGACAUUCACCGACGGAGACCAACUCCGGCGAUUACCGCAUUGCCAGCAUUCCUUUCAUUUUUCAUGUAUUGAUAUGUGGUUGAACUCCCAUUCCAGCUGCCCAGUUUGCCGUGCCCACGCUUUACCAAUUUUGCCCCAACUUCCUACCGUUGAUGUUACUGUCACUUAGAUUUUAGGCGAAAUUAUCUUAAAUUACAUAUGGUUUGUUUUUUUCUCAAUUCAGUAUUCAUAGUUUGAUUAUUAACACUUCAGUAGUUACUUUUUUAUCUUUAUAAAU